AUGGCACCCGAGGCGGCAAAUCAGAAGCGCAAACGGGGCCGUCCGCCGAACGCGUCGCGCGAGGAAGGCGACGCGUCGGCGUCCCAAUCUCGGCUCACGAAGCAAGGCCGGCUAGCGACAGCAUCUCAACGCGCCGGCGAAGCAGAGGCAGACGAAGCUCCACGUCCCAGAAAACGCGGUCGUCCAAGGGCCGGAGAAGGCUCGCCCGGAACACAACUCGCACCAGCCCAACCGUCACGAGGAAAGAGGAAACACAACCCGUCUCCGGUGCCACAAACCAACGGCAACGAGGAGGAAGCGCGAAACGAGAAUCCAGAAACUAAAGUACGUCGUAAACGUGCUCGGCUUCAGCCACCGGAAGCGAACGAUGAGGACGACGUCGAAACGCGCAGUGCUUCGAAGCCCGUAGAGCAGGAAAACGCACCACCCAAGAAGCGUGGACGGCCACGGAAGAAACCCGAGGCCGCUCAGGAUAAGGCCGUGGGGGCAGAAGAGGCAGACGAUGAGGACGAGGGAAACUCAAGCCUCCUCCGUCGAAGCGGACGAGUUCGCCAGUCUCUAGGCGCAUCAGACGGACCGGCGAAACACGGGACUAAGCCCUCUGACGAACAGACAUCGGCCGGCCGGGGGCCAAAGGCGCGAGCAGGGAGGGGAAGGCCGCCAUCGGACAGACAGAACAUAAACGAGACGGCACAAGACCCCCCCCAGCCGAAGAAGAAGCGCGGUCGUGUUUCCAUCAAUCGUUCCUUGACUGAAGAAAACGCCAACCGAGAGCCGCAGCCGCAGCCGCAGAAACAUACUCGUACCUCCUUAACCGGCGAGAGCACGACGUUACCUCCGAAAGAAAAGGGAAAGAAAUCUCGCGGUCAGCAAUCGCACGAUCCCGAGGCUCCCACCCAGGAAGAAGACCAGGCUGAAAAGGGCCAACCGCCGAAAUCAACGAGACGCGGCCGACCGCCCAAGACACAGAGCCACCCGACCUCCCGGCCCCCCUCUCCUGAUUCUGCCGCCUCGCCGCCGCGGUAUCGGCAUCUUGCAACGCGGACGCACAGAGUGCCCCGCAACGUCAUCGAAUCCAAGUGGACGUCGCUCGAAGCGCCGGCCAUAUCCAGCGUGACGACGCUGCUGCAGUCUGCCUCCCGGCCCGUCCUCCUGCGCCUCACAAACCCGCAGAGGCACGGGUAUGCAACGGCGGCGCUCAACGCCGUGAGCAACCAGCUUCGGUCAAAGAUCUCGCGCGGCAUGCCAUUCCCGCCCGCCACCACGUCGACGCGCCGCGAGGAGGAGUUCGAGUUUGAGCGGACGAUAUCAGGCAUCCAGGCGCUCGAGUCGCAGCUGGACCCGCUCCUCCAUAGCGUGGAGCUACUGAAACGAGAGAAGGCAAGGGCGGAGAAGGAGCUCGAUUGGGAGUACAAGGUGCUUAGAAGGCUCAGCUCCAACGCCCGAGCCGAGGCCGCCGACCGGAGGCAGAAGAUGAAGAAGAUGCACGUCCUGGUGCCCGAGAGGCCGCCGGAUGCGCCAGCUCUCGUCGACGCGGCCGAUCAGUUUUCCCUACCCGCUGACAACGCCAGUAGCGGCGUAUUCUCCGAUCUUCAGGACGAAGAAUUAGUCGGCCUCGCCGGCCAGGUCGCAAACCACAUGGAGAGCAUGCGAGGCAACCUGAAGCAGAUAGAUGGAGUUUCGCCUGCCAUAGAGAAGAGCCACGCCCUGUUGAGAGCAGCGCUGCAGUCUCGCUUGGACCCGGAACAGUGGGGAAAGACUUUGCUUGGGUAGCCGUGAAAGAAUGUAGAGUGUGGACAAGCCACUCGGGAGCGAGCCGGCUUCUGCUUGAGGAUAAAACCGACAGGCUAUGUUUUAAGGCCUCACUAUCAAUGAUUAUCAUGGCCCUUGUUAACCUCCGACUUUCCCGAUGUUGAUGCGACUAGUAGUACUUCCUCUUCAUUGUCAAUAGCAGCCCGUCAUCACCGGGACAAUGAGGGUCUAUUUAGACACAUGUAUUACAGAACCUGACUUUUAAGACUCAAGAAGGGACCCUAACACCGCUAACGCACUCACUUCUAUGCUGUAUAAUACAGCAGAACGUAGCCCACAAACGGAUACUCUUCAUCUACCCAUCUACAAACAUUCUCCUUCCAGGCUUCCAGAUGUAUGUGUCUCAGGCCCAAAGGAAGUGAGCCAGUAUAGGCGCAGUUGACGAGCUUUGUCUAAUCAGUCAAGCGACAAGGGAUGAAGCUCAGCGCACUUUGUCCGGCCCUCUCAAUAUGUUUCGUCCUGUCAGAACAAUUGACCCUCAGAGCAAAGCACGCACCUGCAUCAGAACAGCUCGUCUGUUCGUCGAUCUUGAAUAGAGCAUCAGUCGUAGAGGUACUAUAUAAUGAACACGAUGUCUCUAGGGUUC